UGAGUGUUGCUGUUUUUGGUGCAGGUGGUUUCACUCAUGACGAGCUGCUGAAGGUUUGGAAAGGACUGUUUUAUUGCAUGUGGAUGCAGGACAAGCCGCUCCUCCAGGAGGAACUAGGAAGGACCAUUUCCCAGCUCAUCCAUGCUUUUCAAACAACAGAGGCACAGCACCUGUUCCUUCAGACCUUUUGGCAGACCAUGAACCGCGAGUGGACGGGCAUAGACAGGCUGCGCCUGGACAAGUACUACAUGCUCAUGCGUAUGGUCCUGAAUGAGUCCUUGACGGCCCUGAAAACGCAGGGAUGGGAAGAAAGACAGAUUGAGCAGCUGUUGGAGCUUCUGACGACUGAGAUCCUGCACCCUGACAGCCAGGCCCCCAAUGGGGUGAAGAGCCACUUCAUUGAGAUCUUCCUAGAGGAGCUGGCCCGAGUGGGUGCAGACGAGCUGACGGCAGACCAGAACCUCAAGUUCAUUGAUCCCUUCUGCAGAAUCGCUGCCCAGACUAAGGACACCCUGGUUUUACAUAACAUUACUCGGGGCAUCUUUGAAACGAUUGUGGAACAGGCCCCGCUUGCCAUCGAAGACCUAAUGAAUGAAAUGGAGGGGGAGGUGUCAGAAGAGGACGAGCAGGAACAGGACAUGCCAGCCAAGAAGCGGUUUGAGAGGCCACCGAAAGGCUCCUAUGGAGCUGAGCCGGACAUGGGUGAGGAGCAGGCCAGAGACAACGACGACAGCGCUGGUGCCGUCCUUCAGUUUGACUAUGAGGCUGUUGCUAGCAGGCUGUUUGAAAUGGCCAGCCACCAGGACACCCCUUCUCAGAACAGGAAGCGUCUCUACAAAGUGAUCAGAAAGUUGCAGGACCUUGCUGAAGGCAUCUUCCCUGAGGAUGACAUCCCAGAAGAAGCCUACAGGAAACUGCAGGAAGGGAGGCAGGGGAGGAAGGCGAAGAAGCGUUUGCCCAAAUCCCAGUUGCAGAACAAGCCAGGUAGGACCAGUGCCCUUGGUGGUGGAGGGGCUUACCCACCUAUUGUAGUGGGGAGCAUGCCUGCCCGUCUCCCUGAUGUUGGCCUCCAGGUGUGAUCCCUCCCCCUGCUUGCCCAGGGUGCCCCCAGCGCCAGGCGUCCUGGAGAUGUGGUGCCCUGGACCGGAUGCCCUGCAGCAGCGGGGCUGCCUUGUGCAGCCGUGCCUUGGGCUUACCUGGUCGCCCGGGGCCACCCGCCAUCUCCCCUGCUCUCCUUGUCUGCAGUUUCAGUCUGGGCUGCUGCUUCCUGACCUUUUUUAUCUGAUCCGUAUGCAUCUGGUGGGUUUUGCCCCGUCCACUCCUCAUUCUCUGCAUCCUCCUGAGACCUGUUCACCUCACUGUGCUCUACCUUUCCCCUCCCUUCUCUUCUCCCCCUCAGCAAGUGGUGAGAAUGUGACAGCCCCCUCACUGAGCUUCUGUCACCUCAGGCCCUGCACCCACUGCAGGGCACAGGGGUGCCUGCUGCACUGCAAAUGGGCUGUGCCCUUUGAAGGGUUUCUCAAUUCCCCCCCUGCUCCAGCCAAGGCCACCUCCGUUCGUUUUACACUUGGGCUUGCAGCAGGCACAGGGCCAGCUUGCACACCUGCUCUAGGCCGGCCCCACAACACCAUCUCAUGGCUCUGUUGUGCACCAAGUUGAGUUGUAGCUCCUGGCCUUCCUUUCUGAGCCUGUCCCUUCUGGCCAUCACCUCCAGCCCCCAGCGCCCUGAGCCUAGACCCCUCUGUCGUGUCUUUUCCCUGAUCACGUCUUCACGCUGCUCUUUCUGAGGCUGCCUCUCUGGUGUCAGAAGCCAGCAUCUCCACGCUGGCGCGGCCCUGGUUGGCUGUUGUGUCUGCUCCCGAGUCUGUCGGUGCUUCUGUGCCGGGUGCUGUCAUGGCCUCUGCUGCCCCGGUGCUCUCACCUUUGGUCAGUACUGAUGUAAAGUAGCCCGGCCUUCGCCGCCUGACUCAUGUGGCUGUGAUGUUUUAGGGAGAGGUGAACAGGAGGAGCCACGUGCAGACCUGAGUUCCAG